GCCGCGAACACUACAUCUCUCUUCGACAACCUCCUCUUCCGCCAAAACACACAUACCGCAAAAAUGGGUCGCGUUCGUACCAAGACUGUCAAGAAGUCCGCCAAGGUCAUCAUUGAGCGUUACUACCCCAAGUUGACUCUCGACUUCGAGACCAACAAGCGCAUCUGCGAUGAGAUUGCCAUCAUUGCCUCCAAGCGCCUGCGCAACAAGAUCGCCGGUUACACCACUCACUUGAUGAAGCGUAUCCAGCGUGGUCCCGUCCGCGGUAUCUCGUUCAAGCUCCAGGAAGAGGAGCGCGAGCGCAAGGACCAGUACGUCCCCGAGGUUUCUGCUCUCGACUUCACCCAGAACUCCGAGUCUGGCAUGCUCGACGUCGACCAGGACACCAAGGACCUCCUCAAGUCCCUCGGCUUCGACGCUAUCAACGUCAACGUCGUCCCCGUCGCCCAGCAGCAGGUUGCCGAGCGCCCUCGCCGUUUCGGCGACCGCCUUCCCCGCAACUAAGCUAUUCGCACUGUUGUGUGACGGCUUCGGAAAAGUUCUUGACAAUCAUAAGAGGAGGGUUUACUCAACAUGGCGCAUUAGUCUUGUUCAGGUCAGAUCACCUUUCAAAUGCAAUCUGCUCUCCCCUUGCACAACCAGGUGUCGCUGAUUCUUGUUUCUUUGAAGCAAGAUGAUGCUUGACUGCCACCCAUUCACAUUCUUUUUUUCUUUGGCCACGACAGCGCAGUGGAAGAGUCACAGGUAAUGCUGAGACUUUGUUCUGCUGUUGUUCUGUCGUGGCCGGCUGAGACUGGAUUUGUAAGAGAAAAACCCUUCUUGCAAGUCUUCAGGCUCGGCCACUCGUGAUCUCUUUGUCUUACUCGCUGUGACCUUACGCCGUGACUCCGUGAACCAUGGCUACCACCAGUACCCUGUGAUUAUCCGUCAUCAGACCGCA